AUGAGUGAGAAAGAGGGAAACAAUGAGAACCUUCGCGAUAGGUUAGUUCCUCAGCUAAAGGGUAAACUUUGGUACUGCUUGGAACAACAGGUCAAAAACGAACUUCCCGCAGGCGUGAACUAUUCACCCAAAUUUAUCAAUGCGUUGGUAGAGCUGACAUUCACACAAUUAGUCGACAUUGGGGGAGAUUUGGAAGCAUUUGCGAGACACGCGGGACGCGAAACCAUUGUGGUGGACGACAUGAUGCUUAUGCUGCGAAAAUCACCAGAACUGCAGUCUUUGCUGCGACAAAAAUUGGAACAAGAUGCCACCGGAGAGCCUGCUGUGCCAGCAAGAACGAGCAAAAGGUAG